AAGAGAAGGGAUGUUUUAAGUGCAACAUUAUUCUAUUCUACCAGCAAGAGCAACCAAAAGCAACAUCAUCAUCAUCACUAAUAAUCUGUAACUUGUGUUGAGUGAACACAGUGGAAGAAAGAGCUAACGCAGCGCCAUAACAUUUAUCAGUGACACAAGUGUGAAUCUAGUUUAAUAGUUCUCCAUUUUUUAUUUUGUGAUAUUCAAUUGUUUUAAAAUUUAUUAAAACAUUUUUUUGUGUGGGAAAUUUAAAAAAUGAAGGCAAUUACAGCUGUAUGUCCGACAACUGAUGCAACAACAGUUGCAAAUAAUCGUCGUAUAAAUCGUCGACGACGCAAUAAUAAUGUACAUAAUGAUGAAAUACAAAUGUAUAUAAGUAAAUUAAAGGAUUUAGUACCAUUUAUGCCAAAAAAUCGUAAAUUAAGUAAAUUAGAAGUGAUACAGAAUGUGAUUGAUUAUAUAUGUGAUUUACAAACAGCAUUAGAAUCACAUCCGUUAGUUAAUGGUUUCUCAUCAACAAAAUCACAAUCACCUGCCACAUUAUUAAAUACUACGUCACCAACCACACAACAUCGUAAAGUUUUAUCACAAAAUUGUCAAAAUCAACAACAGAUACAACAAAAUCAAGAUAAUAAUACAACGUCAUCAACAACAAAUUUGACAUUUCCAACAUCACCGUGUGACGUCACAUCAACGUUACUUAGAAAUAAAAUUACUACAUUAAUACCGAUUCCAGAAAAAUUAUCACCAUCAGAUGGGCGACCACUUAGUAUUUAAAUCCACAAAAAGUAAAUUU